GGUUAGGCUUGCCUCUGCUUGAAUGCUUAUUAACAGACGCAUUUACUUAAUUGCUGGAUUGCCAGGAUGCAAGAAGGAAGCGGCAUCUUGAAAGAGGGCUUUCUUGUUAAAAAGGGGCAUGUUGUCCACAACUGGAAGGCAAGAUGGUUCGUUCUUCUCCAAGACAGGCUGCUCUAUUAUAAACUUGUGGGAGGAAAGAAGGAGGUUUCUCCAAAGGGUAGUAUUCUUCUCGACUGCUGCACAAUCACCUGCCCAUGUUUGGAGUUCGAGAACAGGCCGCUGGUUAUUAAACUGAAUACAAAAAACAACACAGCAUAUUUCCUUGAUUCGUGCUCCAGAGAAGAACGUGAUGCUUGGGCAUUGGAUAUCACUGGCGCUAUUCAUGCUGGCAAUCCAGUGCAAGUCCAGCAGCUUCACCUUAUGAAAAAUUCCUUCAAACUACCUUCAAAUAUCAGCCUGAAUCACAUUGUAGAUAAAAUGUAUGACAACAGCAGUGGAAUUAAGCUGACACCUAACUCUGAACAAGGCAACACAUAUAAAGAAAGCUUUACAGGGGCUGCACUGGUGGACUGGCUGAUUUCCAACUGUUUUUCUGCCUCCCGGCUAGAGGCAGUUACACUGGCCUCUGUGCUGAUGGAAGAAAACUUCACUAAGCCCGUGGGAGCCCGAAGUGCUGAGGCCAUGAGGAACGGCGACCUGGCAGAGCAGUUCUUAGAUGAUUCUACUGCACUCUACACAUUUGUGGGGAGCUACAAGAAGAAAUUCAGUUCCAAGGAAGAGCUUCAUCUUAACAUUCUUGAACUGAGUGGCACAAUUGUAAAACAAGGCUUUUUAAUAAAACAGGGGCACAAGAGGAAAAACUGGAAGGUGCGACGUUUUGUCCUGAGAACUGACCCUGCUUUCCUGCACUACUAUGAUCCCACUAAGGAAGAUAACAGGCCUGUUGGUGGUUUUUCUCUCCGUGGCUGCCUUGUCUCAGCACUGGAGGACAAUGGUGUCCCAACAGGAGUCAAAGGAAAUGUACAGGGUAACCUCUUCAAAAUCAUCACUAAGAAUGACAUUCAUUACUACAUACAGGCCAGUUCCAAGACAGAAAGAGCACAUUGGAUUGAAGCCAUUAAACAGCUAACAUAAGAAUCUCACCAGAAUCAAACCUAGCUGGCUGCUGUUUGGGUAUACACAAUAGUUGGCUUUGAAAUGUAUGACUGAAUUUUUUCAGCCAAGCAUAUAGCAUAUAUCUGACGUUUAUAUAUUAGGCUUUCCCAUUAGGGUGGAUUGACUACUUAUGUCAUUGGGAAAAAGCAUGGUGGAAGCCAGAGAAAGGGACAAACAGCUGCCCUAGAGACCAUUUCCUGGGAGCUGGAGAAAGAAGCAAACAGUCGCACCCCAUGGCCAUUUCCACUAGUGAAAACAGUGCAGAAGGGAACUGGAAGCCCCUCUUCCCACCCUUGCAGUGCUCCAGAGCCAAAAGGAGCGAAGAAAUGCUUUCAAGAUAAUUUCUUCUGUUGAUAUAUGUGACAGUAAGAUGAGUCCGGCACUCAUGUAGUUUGGCUCUGUCCCCUUUCAUCUGGAUACCUACAAUUUCUCUAACCUACAAGCAUUUACCACUUUGUAUUGUAUAUUUUGUUGUUCAAAGUUUUUAGAUGUUUUUAGUUUUAGUUCUGAACAUUAAAUACUGUAGUCUUUUUCAUUUUGUUAAAAAGCAAAGAAUGCUUGAAGAGUAUAUUUACUGAAAGGUGGUACAGAAAUACUGUUAAUAAAUAUAGA